GUCUACUGGACGUGUUAGUCUAGGUGCAGACCAACGUCCUUCCUCGUCCAGAAAGAGAGACAUUCACAUGAUUCACUGCGACCUUCUGUGCUAAUCAAUGGGCCAUCAUGUCCAAGAAAGCAAAGGGUUCGGAGGAGUCCAACAAGAAAGCUCUGCAGGAAGCGGAGAAGGAGGCUGCACAGAAGCAGGCGGUGGUGCAGCUGGAGAAAGCCAGGCGCAAGCCCGUGACAUUUGCCAUCCGCAGCAAUGUCACCUACGUGGCUGCCGACGAAGAUGGCGUUCCUGUACCUGGAAAGGCGAUCUCCUUUGAGGCCAAAGACUUCCUCCAUAUCAAAGAGAAGUAUAACAACGACUGGUGGAUCGGGCGUCACGUUAAGGUGGAUGCCGAGGUGGGCUUCAUCCCCAGCCCCACCAACCUGGAGAUCCUACAAAUGAAGCACGGACUGGCAGCUAGGAAAGCCAAGCUGCAGGCCAGCAAAUCGGGAGGAACCAACCCCCUGGCAAAUGCCGCUCGCGCCGCGUCAGUGGCAAAACAGAAGAAGAGUGAGAAUAUGGCAACUUACGACGUCGUGCCCUCGAUGCGACCCCUGGUGCUGGUGGGCCCGUCUCUGAAAGGCUACGAGGUCACAGACAUGAUGCAGAAAGCCCUGUUUGACUUCUUAAAGCAAAGGUUCGAGGGAAAGAUCUCCAUCACCAGGGUCACAGCAGACAUCUCCCUGGCAAAACCGUCCAUUCUAAACAGCACCAGCAAACAGGGAAUGGUCGAGCGAUCCAACUUGGCCGAGGUCCAGAGUGAGAUUGAGCGGAUAUUUGAGCUGGCCCGGUGCCUGCAACUGGUGAUUCUGGAUGCUGACACUAUCAAUCACCCAAACCAGUUAGCAAGGAGCUCCCUGGCACCCAUUCUGGUCUACAUCAAGGUCCAGUCUCCCAAGGUUUUACAAAAACUCAUAAAGUCCAGAGGGAAGGUAGAGGCGAAGCACAUGAAUAUGCAGAUGGUGGCCACUGAUAAGCUACUGCAGUGCCCCCCGGAAAUGUUUGACGUUAUCCUGGACGAGAACCAGUUAGAUGAGGCGUGUGAUCACAUAGCAGAAUACUUGGAGGAGUACUGGAAGGCCACACACCCACCCUAUGAGCAGGAAUCCAACAACCUUCUGGCAAGGCUGGCCGCAGCGACCCUGCCAACCAUCCCCACAGCUGGGGGCUCUUUGGAGUUGCAGGAAUAGUAACAAGAAGAGAAAUGCCAUUGGUUGAUAGUGAUGCCGCUGAAGUAUGAGAAAACUACAGUGUCCCACCACCAAGAAGCCCAGGAGGAACAGGAGGAUGAUGGAGAGGAAGGGGAGGAUCUGGGGGAGGAGCAGGAGGAGGAAGAAAAGCGCCUGCUCCGGCCCGAGGUCAGGAGGAUUCAACGUACCCAACACCGCCCCGCUCACACACAACCAGAACACCCCAGGCAGCACAUCCUGCUCAGCAAGAAGCAGAAUCCUCAGGAUGGGAAUGAAGGCAGGGAGCCCCCCCACCAGGAAAACCAGCAACGGGGGGAGGAAGGGGAAGAGGAAGAGGAGAGCCAGCUGCAUCAUGGUACACCGUUACACUGGGGGCGCAGCCAUUACCACCAUCACUAUCGUCACCGUGGCGAUGAGCCACACGGGGCUCACAGAGCCGCAUCUCAGAAGAUGGAUCACAGCCAGGACACGGACACACACGGUCACCACUCACAUCGCUUUCCCCAGUCCCAGUGGACCCCUCACUGUGAGGGGGAUGAGGACACGGGGGACAGACAACAUGGCGAUAUGGGGGGAUGGAGAAGGAACACUUACAUCCAUCGUUAACCAUCACUGGUGACCAUGGCUACACUGUAAAUGUUACUUCUGCUGUUGCUAGACAAUACCCCCAGCAUGUGUACUGGUUACCAUGGCAACGCACAAUCACUGGCGACCCUGUCACUCAAGCAACUAGUGGUUGCGUGUGAAGUUUCUGAAGUUGCUGGAAAUAAUACUUUUUGUGAUAUCUCUCCUGUCAGUGGCCCUUCUUGCUCCAUUGUCAAUCCUAUGAGUACAAAUAAAUGUAACAGGCUGUUACUAUAUAAAAACAGCAUUGUUUCCUCGGAAAUCAAGAUGCACACUGAAACCUACGUUAAGGAUUAUGAUCACACCCACGUGAAGUGAAUAAAAUUGACUAUCUCAUAAAAAACAGUGAGUGUGAUGGUCUGGGAUAUAUUAGCUACCAUCUGUGCCACAGAUGGAACAGCCUUCACUCACGACCAGCCUUGAGGAGUCUAGGCUGGCCUACACCCUGUCCUGCUGCCUCCUCCUCAGACCCCUCUCGGUAGGUACUCACCACAGCUGAUCAUGAGCUUCCCACAGGACUUGCCGUUCAGAGAUGCACUGAUCCACUCAUCUGGCCAUAACAAUCUGGCUCUUACCAACGUCACUCUGGUCUUUACUCCAGACUUUGACAUGCUCUGUUUCUAGCAAGAUAGUCAGUGUCAUUCACGUCAUGUGGGGGUGAUCAUGAUGGUUUAGUUUAUCGGUAUAUAAACAGCUCUGGAAAGAAUCAAGAGACCACAGCACAAUUUUUUGUUUCACUCAUUUCUCAAUUUUAGUGUAUGCUUCUCUGAAUAUAUACUAUAU